UAACCCUAUGAUGAUAAUUGGAGAUCAAGAGGAUGAUAAUCAUAGUCCAUUGGGUUUAAAAAAAAAAAAAAGACUGGGAACAUGGCUUAGCAAAUAAAGCAUUUGCCACAUCAGCACGAAGGCCAGAGUUUGGCUCCCCAGAACCCAGAUCUAGCCAGCUGAUAACCAUGAGUGAAUGGAUGAAGAAAAGCCCCUUAGAAUGGGAAGACUACGUUUAUAAAGAAGUCAGAGUGAUAGCCAGUGAGAAGGAGUAUAAAGGAUGGCUUUUAACUACAGACCCAGUUUCUGCCAAUAUUGUCCUGGUGAACUUCCUUGAAGAUGGCAUCUUUUCUGUGACUGGAAUUAUGGGACAUUCUGUGCAGACUGUGGAAACUGUGAGUGAAGGAGACCACAGAGUAAGGGAGAAGCUGAUGCAUUUGUUCACAUCUGGAGCUUGUAAAGGAUACAGCCCUGAGGAUCUGGAAAAGAGAAAGAGUAGCCUAAAGAAAUGGCUUGAGAAGAACCACAUCCCUGUCACUGAACAGGGAGAUGCACAAAGGACUCUGUGUGUGGCUGGAGUUCUGACUAUUGACCCACCAUAUGCUUCAGAAAAUUGUAGCAGCUCUAAUGAGAUCAUUCUGUCCCGUAUUCAGGAUCUCAUUCAAGGACAUCUUUCAGCUUCCCAGUGAGAGGCCACGCAUUAUGAACACACUGAUCCAAAUGACUCCACUGCUUGGUUUUUUGUUAAAUCCUUCAAAUGGAAGUUGAUCAUAUUAUAGGAGUUCAA